UCGUAACUCCCGCAAAAUUUUCCAGGUUCUCAUAGAAGGCAUAUCCGACGUCGAAGAGCUCAGCGACCUCGACAUAAUCCGCCCGCUCACUGCCUGCGGAGGCGACCGAUCCCUCUCCUACCUCCAGUAUGUACAUGAAAACCAGGCACGACGGAUGAGGUCUCGAAGCGAAUGGUUCUUAUCGCCGGUCUCCAACGCGAAAAAGACAUCUUCGAAAUCAGUGGACUACUUUGGACCAGUGACGAUUGAGGAAAAUCCAAAGCCGACGCCUCUGCCGAAGCCUGCUCGGGCUCCACUUCAGACAAGCUCCAAAUCCAACAUUUCCAAUGCUUCGGAUGACAGCGUUCCAACACGGAGGCGGUCGCUGAAAAUGCAGAUGAGAGCUGCGGCUUUUGCUUCGAACCCUAGCCACUCCCUUGACUAUCAGGAAGUGGGCGCCUCGAAUCCACGUCUCCGAGGUCACACGUCGGUGGAGGAUGACACGUGGCUGGCCGAAGUGGUGCCGCACGACGAAAUCCCGAAAAAGCGGCGGAGUUUGAAGAAGAAGACAUCGACUCAGUUCUGA